AAAUAGGCAAGGGGAAUGGCUACGCCGAUGGGCACGGGGGCGGGGUGCGUGAGAACAGCGCUGACGUUUCGCCGAGGCUCCGCCCCCUCCCCGAGAGCGGACAGACUGGCUGCGGAGGCUCGGGCCAAUCAGAGAGAAGGCCCCGGAUGGCAUGCCAAGGAGAGCCAUGGGCUUGUGUUUCGAGAGGAAGCACUGCAAUUCCACACAUGGUGAUACCUGCCUGAAACCCCACCAUAGGAAGGCUGAGGGUGUGGAGAGACAGGAAGACAAGACUACUAGUGAAGAUUGGUGACGGCAUGCAGUCAGAGGGCUUCCUGGUCCACAUCCCUUCCGGGUGCUGCAGAUGGAGGCGUGGGGGCGUCUUGGAACCCAAUAGACUAGUUGGGAAUUCCAGCUCUGCCAAUUAUUAGCUUGUGGCUUUGAGUUUGACAAGAUGUAUCAAGUCCCACUGCCACUGGACCGGGAUGGGACCCUGGUCCGGCUCCGCUUCACCAUGGUGGCCCUGGUCACAGUCUGCUGCCCACUUGUCGCCUUCUUCUUCUGCAUCCUCUGGUCCCUGCUCUUCCAUUUCAAGGAGACAACGUCUACACACUGUGGGGAUGUUCUCCGCGGCCUCUCAUCCCUUGGACCCGGAUGGGACAGUGUUCCGGCUUCGCUUCACAACCUUGGUCUGGUGGGUCAUCACUUUUCCCGUGUUCGGCUUCUUCUUCUGCAUCAUCUGGUCCCUGGUGUUCCACUUUGAAUACACGGUGGCCACUGACUGUGGGGUACCCAAUUACCUGCCCUCGGUGAGCUCGGCCAUCGGUGGGGAAGUGCCCCAGCGCUACGUGUGGCGCUUCUGCAUUGGUCUGCACUCGGCGCCCCGCUUCCUGACGGCCUUCGCCUACUGGAACCACUACCUCAGCUGCGCACCCCCCUGCCCUGGCUACCGUCUGCUCUGCCGCGUCAACUUCAGCCUGAACGUCAUCGAGAACAUGGCACUGCUGGUGCUCACCUAUGUCUCCUCCUCCGAGGACUUCACUGUCCACGAAAAUGCCUUCAUUGUGUUUAUCGCCGCGUCCCUCAGUCACAUGCUCCUCACCUGCAUUCUCUGGAGGCUGACCAGGAAGCACACAGUAAGUCAGGAGGAUCGCAAGUCCUACAGCUGGAAACAGCGGCUCUUCAUCAUCAACUUCGUCUCCUUCUUCUCCGCACUGGCUGUCUACUUUCGGCACAACAUGUACUGUGAACCCGGAGUGUACACGAUCUUUGCCAUCCUGGAGUACACUGUUGUCCUAACCAACAUGGCGUUCCACAUGACAGCCUGGUGGGACUUCGGGAACAAAGAGCUGCUCAUCACUUCUCAGCCUGAGGAAAAGAGAUUCUAAACCCUUCUCUGCUGCAGGAAGAGGCAGCCUACUACCCCCAUGCAAGAAGCCACCCUGGCCUUUCCCAUCCCCUUGUCCUCUCUGGGGCCUUCUGAAGCUGGACGUAGAAGAGAAGGGCGGGAGGGCACCGGGCUCGGCCGACUCCAGCACUGCUGGCUUCUCCUCAGUCCUGCCCAGGCCCAGGGACCUUCAAGCAUCACCAAGUAUCACCACUCACUGAACUGAACUGAACAACUCUAAGAAGCUGAGCUGGCAGGCAAGCUCCACCAACCACUUGGUGCUUUAAAAAAAAAAAGAAAAAGUAAAAGAAAAAACAAAGUCCGCAGGUUCGUGACCACCAUCCAGGUUUUGGCCUUUCUGCUCCACUUUUCACUGCUACUUGAAAACUGCAGCCCUUACGUUUGACUAACAUGAUCUGCAUAGCCAGGCCUUUUGCUGUGGGACUUUACAAAGUCUACCCAGGUGUUCUAGUACCUAGUCCAUCUCUUUGGGGCUUAACUUGGGAUGUGUGCCCUUCCCCAUCAAGCUGUGUUCCUGUGUAUGACUGAGGGAAGCUGUGCUGUAUUAUUUCAAGAACUUUGCCAGGGUGGCUCUGGUGUCAUCUACUGGAGGCAGUUUUCUGUAUCUCACAGAUGACCUGUCUCAGAAAAAGAACCAGCACAGCGUGCAUUUCCCUUCCCUUCUGA